AUGAUUAUGGAAAAUAAAACUACAGUGAGUGGAUUUCUUCUCAUGGGUUUGUCUGACAACCAUGACCUGCAGAUCUUGCAUGCUUUGUUCUUCUUGGUGACAUACCUAUUUGGGUCAGCAGGGAAUUUCAUCAUUAUCACCAUCACAACACUGGACCCACAGCUCCAGUCUCCAAUGUAUUACUUUCUGAAGCACCUUUCCAUUCUGGACUUCUCAUCCCUCUCUGUCACAGUUCCCCAGUAUAUUGAGAGUUCCCUGGCACGAAGUGGCUACAUUUCAUAUGGACAGUGUAUGAUUCAGGUUUUUUUCUUCACAGCUUUGGCCUGGAGUGAGACAGCCAUUCUCACAGUGAUGUCUUAUGACCGCUAUGUGGCCAUUUGCCUCCCACUGCACUAUGAAGUCAUCAUGAGUCCCAGAAAGUGCACUUGGGCUGUGGCAGCUGUGUGGUUAAGUGGAAGCAUCUGUGGAACAUUAUACACAACAGGUAUACUAUCUAUCAGAUUCUGUGGUAAUAGAAUAAUUCACCAGUUCUUCUGUGAUGUCCCCCAGUUGCUCAAACUCUCCUGCUCUAAUGAUUACCUUGUAAUAAUUGGAGUGGUUAAUUUUGUGGCUGUAAUAGCCUUUGUCUGCUUUAUUGGGAUUGUCAUCUCCUAUGUCCACAUAUUCUCCACAGUUCUCAGGAUGCCCUCUGCUGAAAGCAGGUCUAAGGUCUUCUCUACUUGCCUGCCCCACCUAUUUGUUGUCUCAUUGUUUCUUUCUACAGGAACCUUUGCAUAUCUCAACCCAGCCUCAGACACUCCAACUGCUUUAGAGUUUUUAUUCUCUAUCUUUUACACAGUACUGCCUCCAACUCUCAACCCUGUUAUUUAUAGUCUGAGAAAUGAGACCAUAAAGAGUGUUGCAAGGAAGUUACUGUUUAGUAGAAAAUUUGCUGGUUGGAAUGAUUUGGCCUGUUAUUUAUGA